AUGGGAGACUUUAGAUGCGGUGAAGGAGGAUGGACAAUGGUCAUGAAGAUUGACGGUUCUAAGGUCAGUCAAAAUUUUUUUGUUAUUAAGCCAUUAUUGACGAUGGUAUCCUCGUUUCAUGUAAAAUUUAGCCUGGUGCAUGUUAUGUUUUGUUUCGAAUCAUUUCCCCCUGGAAUAUCCUAAUUUAUCGCAUACAGGCCUUUAAGCCUUUAGCUAAAGCUUCACGUCGCCCCUUGUCUUGGAUUCUGGAUUCCAAUCGUUAUUAGGAUUUCCGAUUUUUUGAGCUGUAUUCCGGACUCCACAAGCAAAGAUUUCCCGGAUUCCGGGAUUCCAGGAUUCCGGUGUGAUUCACAGGUUUGAGAAAACGAAACCAAAAGGUUGCCUUACAUCAUCUGGGUUAGGCAAUAAUGAUUUGCUAUCAUCACCUUCACAUUUUAGAGAACUUUCCACUACGAUUCCCAGUUUUGGAGCAACAGAGGUGCAUUUAACCUCGCUGGAGGGAAGACUGGUUUUGACCACCAAGAGACCAAAUUGCCGUCUUAUUGGAGCACACCCUUCUCCAAGAUCUGCCUUGGUAUGAAGCUCGGUCACGAUAUAACGUUUAUUGUUAUGUACAAGCAAGCUAACUCUCUUUUCUCUCUGAUCGCCGACGGCAUUUAUCGCAAAACCAUACUGGGUCGUAACACGUGGAAGACGCUUAUUGGGGCACAGGCCUCCUUGCAACGAAACUGUAACAAGGAGGGUUUUAACGCGAUAUCAAACCACAAAACAGAUUCCAGGGUCAGAAUAGGCAUUGUGAGUAACCAACAAAAUGACUGCUCUGGUUCUGAAUCUAGAAUAGGCUUUGGUGGGGCUGGGUUCCCCGUGGAUUCUAACACGUGUGGAAACGAGGCAGUAGCCAGUCCAGAUAACGGAGACAAGCAUAUAAAGACGAUGGGCUACAUAUUGGUUCAGUAA